AUGUAUUGUGACGUGAAUCUUGAGGAAUUUUCCCCCAAGGUCUUUCGAAGAUUUUAUUUUGGAAAGUAUGUUCUAUUGUUAAAAUGAAAUAAUUAGCACGUCAAGAGCGUGGGACAAGGAAAAAAAUUACCACACAAAUAUUUUUAUGGUCGGACUAAUUUAUCAUCAUCAUUUACCUAGUGAAGUUAAUGAACACUUUUUUCAGUCUAAAUCAAAUCAAUGCUAUAUGAGAAACGUGUGCAUAAAAGAGUACGGCCAGAGACCAAAGAUAAAAAAAACCUCAGCGUUAUAAGACACUGUAUGGUGCUCAGUGUCAUAAUUUCACGGGGAAGGUGCUUGAUAGAAAAAAUGUCCAACAAAAUGAGCUUUAAACCAUGGUUUUGCAAAAACGUUGGGGACCAGGAGGCCGUGAUAUUACAAUUUAAAGACAGUAAAGGUUAGGAUUUUUGCGUAGACUGAAUUGAUUUUUCAAUAUCUUAACUUUUUCGUACCCCACCCCCUUCUCCUCGCCCCUAGUUACUCCCUGGAUGGCACUAUCAAAGUGAUAAACCCGUUUAAUGUAAAAACUGAAUGCCUCUUUUAAAUCUAUUUAUUUCAAUCACUAAUACUCAUUUCAAUAACUACAGAAGGGCAAAUUGAUUGAAAUAACUGCAAACUGCUAACCUAUAUAUAAUUGCUUUUUUGGACCUCGCAACUCUUCAUCAUCUUUAUUUAUUUAGAUAUCAUUUACGUUUUCAUGAUUUUAAUUUUUUAUUCAUAUAGGUUUUUCCAUGCGUACCAUAACUAAAUGUAAAAUGUUGAUGUUCUUCUGGAAAAUAAGGUACAGAUCACACAAAAAAAGAUUUUGAAAAGUUCGCGCAAAUGAGACGCCUGUCUACAGGAGUCUUAUGUCAACUCAACCAACUCUGGCUACUGAGUGGAUAUGGUACUGGAAGCACGAAGACGGAGGAUGGCGGAAGUAUGGACGAGACGAUACGGUGAAAAAUGGAAAAAUUUGGGGUCCUGUUUUUCAUAUAAUAACUCAACCAUCGAAAUCGAAUCCAUACCCUAGCGUCAACAUUAUGUUACAAAGUACAAAAGGGGGUGACAGGGGAAAUCUUCGGGCUGCAAAGAUUAGACGUUUCAUAGGUGGCCUGUGAUGAACCUAGCCUGGGCAGACUCCUUUGUGUGGGUUCGGGGAAAAUUUUUGGCUCCUCGUGGGAUGGUGUUCCGCCGCCAAAAGUUUUACCGAGCUUGCAAAAAAGUGAGCCUGCUCGUAGGCUAUGAUGAACCGAUCCUACAAAAGGAUAAAGUAUCAUGGAAUGUGGCGUUACUUGGGACUAAGGGCGCUCAGUCCAUUCAAGCCUAAAAUCCGGGAAUUUCGGUUUGUUCAUCAAAGGAACAGACUAUUUCGGUUUGGUUCAACCGGAAUAUUCGGGACCAGGUUUAAAGGUGGACCAUUUUGACCGAUCUGGUCAUUUCGGUGAGUCGGACCAAAAUGUUCCUUUCCAUUUGACAAAAUUGUUGUCCACAGUACAGGUUUAUCGUAUCCUGCUGCUUUCGAGAACAAAACCAAACAUGCAGUGGCUUAAUUGAGUCGGUUCUGUGCAACCAGAAUGUACCGUUCCGUUGGGCAUGUGGAUGGAAUUUUGUUGAAUGGAAAGCGCCCUUAAAACCUAAACGCUAUCUCGGCCUCACUUUGUACCAGUUACGGAAAACGCAUUUAGGGGCCCGGCCAGUGUAGGCAGAGUCGCAGAGUCCCAGUCAAAUUGAUGUUUCGUCUGUAAAUGGUGCUCAGCAAUGUGAAUGUUGACGUCACCAUUCCUCGUCGCUCGUUUGUGUUCGGUCAGUAGCGUGCUAAGGUUUCUGCCGGUUUCACCAAUGUAAGAAGCCUGGCAAUCGCAGCAUUUGAUCUUGUGUACUAUGCUCCCUGUCUGUCCUCCGGUUUGUCUUUGUCCUUGACAUUAGUAAGCAGUCGUUGUAAAGUGGUCCCCGGUUUGUGUGCAACACGUAUAUUGUAAGGUUCAAAAGUAUCGCACGUAUAUUACAUCACGGCUUAACUGACAGACGACCAAUAACAUAGCGACGUAAUUGACCAAUCGGGUCUAUAACCCGAGUAUAACACCAUCAACUCACGUGAUACAACUCACUUUGACUCUGAAGAUGACCACCGCACAGGUUGUCGAAACGUCAGUCACUGUCAACAGCAACAGUCCUAUUCAGGACUACGUUCACCCGGACGAUCAAACUCAACCUACUUUUGAAAUGACUCCUGGGUUCAAACCUUUCACACUGUCUAUGUAUGUAAUAACAUAGCAGGAUAUAACGGGUGCAACUUUUGACAGAAAAGCCAAAAGGACCCUUGAAGGGAUUUAGGGCUUUAAAUCCGUGUAAAGAAUGGGACGGGUCACACGCUCGAGAAAAUGCCUCGCCGGCUCGACGUUCUCCGGGCGCGGCUGCUUCGCUGCCAAGUAGUACUCCUACACACUGAUACCACCAGUCUCGCUACGUCGACUACUUUGGAUUAGUUUGCAUGUACAGUUCAAUGACGAGUUGAAAUUCCAUUCACAGGGAAGAGACCUCCAAGAACUUCUAGAGAAAGCCUUCUUGGACAAGGAAAAAGACUCCAGGUUCUGCAUUUCAGACCAGAAUUACAUUUUAAGUUUUGACUCAUCGGGUGACAUGAGCCAGAAAAAAGUAAUAUACGCUACCGUAAAGAAAGUAAGAAGAAGGCCUGCAAAGUUUGUAUCCAAAGAUGGCAUUUCUCAACUUAUAAGGUAUUUGUGUGAUUUUAAUUACUGGAAAGGUGACAAACUAUGGCCAAUGAUAUGUUCAGAGUAUAACGAGACUAAUUCCUGAGUGUAUGAGUGGGGUUUAACGACUAUAGGGACAGUCAAAUGAUGAGAAACAAAAAACCGAAUGCCGACAAAACGUACAAAAGUCAGUUUUAUUCACCGGAAAACGACUGAGAAGGCCUGAAAACAACCUUUGUUCAACUUGAUAUUGGACCUCCACUUAUGGUCAAUUGACAGCUGUCUUAAAUGGGUAUCUACUGAGUUCAGUUUACUUCUUGAAAUUACUCCAUAAAGACAUUUCUUCAAAGAUUCCAUGAGAGCUUCGCUUUUGGCCAUGGCUAAAUCUUUAUAUAGGGUCGGCUCUAUGCAUGAUGGGGAUUUUUUGAGACUGCGGGCCAACAAAUUAUGUGGGGGCGUAAAUUCUAUAACUUUGUUUCCUUUAAAAAGUAUGUCACUGAAAUAAAUACAAGCAGCAAUCCUUGAAUUGAUUCCAGGAAUAUCUUGAAUUAAGCGUUUCUGUGGUUACCAGUCACGUGACUCUCGUGGCCAAUUAAAAAAUCAAAACUCCUAAAAGUUUAUUUUUUAACUGAGUAUUUAAUCUGAAACUUUGGUACUUUGCAGAAAUACAGAGCAUAAAAAAUUGAGGAACUUGUCUGAUUUGAAUUCUCAAAUUUCAUUUUUUGACGUCACAAAAUAAGCUUUUUGAUCAUGCGCAGUAUUAAUAAACAAUGACAAAUUUGAAACAAUAACUUAAUAUGAAAACUACAAUAAGAAAAUAUCUAUAGUUCAAGAGAUUUUGGUAACAUUCCUUGGAUAUUUUGAAUAGUAGUUUGAAAACUUUUUGGCCGAUAUUUAGCAGUUUUUUCCGUUCAAGUGAAACCCAUGACGAUAGUUUCAACUAGCACUAUCUACUGCUCAGUAACUUAUAUUAAAACUACUGAUUGUGGCACGGAACAUUUUUGGAAUGUAAGAACAAUGACGUGUAUGCAUUAAUCAUCUUUUUAAUUAGGUCUCAGAACGAAGUACUAGUUAGCAACCAGCAAGGAAAAUAUUCAAGAGGCAGUUGGGAUCCAAUGCCAUCUACGAUGCAAUAUAAACGUGUUCCAUUAUCAGGACGUUCUGGCGAAUUUAAGCAAGUGGAAAAACUCUUCAGAGAGUCAAUAGAGCGGAGGGUGGUAAUCAUUGGCAUUGAACGGGUGCAAAACCCUUUCAUGUGGGAAAAGUACCAAAGGUAGACAAGUGCAUUAACUGUAAGGUGUACUGUAAUAAUAACAAACGUUUCUGGCGCUUAUAACAAACCUUAAAAAAACGAAUUAUCUGUGAAGACAGAGAUUAAUUGUGAAGGGGUAAUUGAUCUUUGUGUGUAGUAAUACUUGAGAACUGAAGAAACUAUAAUUCCCCGCGAAGCGAGGCUCCGCAGGCACCCUCGCAAAGCGAGAUUUAUAAUCGUUGCGGUGCGCGCACUCCGCAGAUCGCCUACAGAUCAUAGCGGCCUGCAAACGCGUGCGGCCCAUUUAUAUUUCUUUGAAUAUUUGUCUUGGUGUCCGCAAUGUAAUGACCUCAACAAGCGAGAAACAUGGUCGAUAUUGUUUUAACUGUUUUUGCGGCCGUUUUGGCGAUUAAGAAAUGCCUUUGGUGGUGACUUUCGACGGCAAAAGUAUGUACAGAGAACAAUGAAGCAAUUUGGAACAGUCGCUUAAAAUAAAUAAGAGCGAAAAUCGAGAUAAAAAAAGACAUUUUUCAGUGCGUCUCACUUCGCAGGCAGACGUAGAUUGAGGGAUAUGUUUGUUUUUCCGAAGUGCGUUUCAGUUCGGCUUUUUAUCAUCAAAACCUUGCUUUUCCUUGAAUGAAAUCUGUACCUUUGAAUUCAUACUUUGUUGUUAACCUUUUUCUGUUUAUAUAGUUUUUUGUUUUGCUUUCACGUUUUUCCCUUUAGCUUGUUUCCCUUUAGUCUAAAUGCUGAUGUAUACAGCUUCACGAGGUUUUUGUAAUAACAUAUUUCUAGUUAUAUUUUUAAAACAGAACAUCUUUCUUUUAAGGAUACUCUGUUCUAUUUACAAGGGUUGCUUGAGGCAUUUCACGCCCCCGCCCUUAUCUCUUUCAGUAGAGGGCAACCUCGUUUCCGGGUCUCUGUCCCUGUCCUCUUGGGUACGUAACAGGUAAAUGGGAGUGAAUUUGACGGAGAGACAGCUCGCUAGCGAGGUUGGCAUUUAGGUCAUCGGCAUGCUUCCUUCGCCCUCCUGGAUUUGAAAUGUGUGGACACGAAAUUAAGGUCUAUUUAAAUUUUUGUAUUUUAUUUAGAAAAAAGGAAAACAUGGGAGCUGCGAAGACUGGUUCCCACCAGGGAAGGUUCGUAAACGAGAGACAAUUGUUUCAUGGAACCAGCCCUGAAAAUGUGGAAGCUAUUUGUAAACAGAACUUUGACUGGCGUCUUCAUGGGAAGAACGCAACUGCUUACGGACAGGGAAGCUAUUUUGCAUUAAACUCUUCCUUCAGCGAUAGUUACGCUAAGGAAGAUUCCAAAGGGUCUAAGUUCAUGUUCGUGGCCAAGGUCCUCGCUGGGUCUUACACUACUGGCCAGUCCAAUUAUCGAAGGCCACCGUCAAAGGACCCUUCGAACCCAGCAAGUGAUCUGUACGAUUCCUGUGUUGAUGAUAUGUCAUGUCCUACCAUUUUCGUCAUUUUUGAUACUGAUCAGUUCUACCCGGAGUACAUAAUCAAAUACUCCAUAUCUCAAGGCAGCUAUUAG